AUGUCUACCACUAUCAACCCAAAUAACACAUCCGCUGACAACGAUGACGACGAGCUACACACAUAUGUCUCCAAUCCAGAGAAGAACCAUAACCCGGAGCUUCCAGCUAUUGUCCUACAACAGAAGAUUUCGGCUUUCUAUUAUCAAGAACAAACUCCUUUUGAAGAACAUGAUCCGAACCUCCAAGAACUUUUCAGAAUCGAAGAAGCUCUCGGUAAUCUACAGACUAAUCAUUCAAAUGCUAUCAAAGAGGAGGAUAGGAAGUUCAUUUCCAUCCUUUCCCGAUUCGAUGAGGCUAUUAACCAAGCAUCUCGCCCCGAAAACCGUCGCACAGAUGCAGAUCUCAAAAAGGUCAGAAUCUGGUAUACCAGUAGAUUGAAUGAGAUCACGAGGACCCAAGGACUUUUGGAGAGGGAAUACAUGGUCGAAUUCAAGGGACUCGAAAUGCAAUUUAUUGCUAUUGAAAACAAAUGGCAUGCAAACCAAAAGUCACUAGCAGAGCAUAGUGAAAUAAUUGCGGACCGUCUAGUAAUGGAAGAUCGUGUUCGCUGGGGCUUAAGAAAACAAAAACGACUCGAGAAUCUUAACUAUGGGAUGCAGGAUCUUUCCAAUGAGCAGCAACUUAGGAUUCAAGAGCUUGAACAUGAGAUUAAGAAAUUACAACAGGAAAACUACAAACAUUCGUUCAUUACUCAACAGAUCAUCUUACAGGGAGAAGGGCAAAUGAUUGUUGAAGCAAGCAACAUUUAUGCACGUUAUCAACAGAUCUACCAACCUAACAGAGUUCAGGAAUUUCAGGCUUACUCUGGGGAAGACGGGAUUGUGAUGAUACCAAAUGGCCAACAACAAUGGGCCGACUACAACAGCUACCACAAUGAAGUAGAAUAUGAAGGAGCAGAAGGCCGAUUUUACGCUUUGUACUCACGGGAUCAAAAUAAGAGAGCAUUCGCCGAGAAGAAAUUUUCCCUGGAUAUUAAGAAGAGAUUUUCAGAUGAGGCAGAGCAGACAGCUAAUCCAUUGGUGGAUAAUUACGAUUUUAUUCAGAACUGGAUGGUACCAAUACCAAAUCCCCUCGAGGUUAUUCAAAAUGGCUCCGCGGCCAACGAGAUGUCUGAGGACAGUCAUUCCAGAAAGCGUGCUUUCGGGGACUACACCGAGGAUGAAGAAGCUGAUGGACAGCACGGCAGAAAGCGACUUCGAUCAAUAUCAGUGAUCUCCAGAAGUCCAUCACCUCCAUGUAUGCUUGCCCAAACCGGCCAAGAAAACCCCAAUGACAGUCAAAAGUCAUGGGAGGAACCAGGAUAUCUUGGUCAUGAUGGAAAUUACUAUGGGCCUGACGGACAGCACAUUUUCAAUGACAAACAAGAAAAUCCUGAAUACGUUCCAGAUCCGCCUGCUCAAUCAAGUGACAUUCAGCAAAGACUUAUCUACAUUGAAAGUAACAAUGGCGGUCCACUUCUCCGUCGUAGCACCCCACCGCCAGAACCAAGACGCGUACGCCGUCUAGCUAAAUUUGCGCCACGCGAAAAGGCACGAAAGCAAUUACGUCCGGUUUGUCCGCAAUGGAAUACUCCUACUGCACUCUACUAUCGGGCUUGA